GCAAGACCCUGGGAAUUUCUCUCGGCUGACUGAGCCGCGUCGACGUCACCUGCGAUUGCCUUUGACACAACUCUCACUGCCGUCUUUCAAGAUGAAUCUCAACCUGUCUGCAUCGGUCAACAUCUUCAAGCUGAUCUUCAAUCCCGCGCUGUGUCUGCCGCACGCCACUGUCGGCACCUUCAAUGACCUCCCACUGCCGCUAGGCCGCGCCUUCAAGAGAAACGAUGGAUCCGUCGUCGAUAUAAAAGCCGUUGUGCUCGACAAGGACGACUGCUUUGCCGUGCCAGAGACCAAUGGAGUUUAUGUCGACUAUAAGGAAAAGUUCGCUGCCCUCAAAGCAGCCUACCCGGGCCGCCGCCUCCUGAUCGUAUCAAAUACAGCAGGGGCGCUGGGCUACGACCGGGAUAGGAGACUAGCCGCGGAUCUGGAGAAGGCCACAGGGGUCGUCGUGCUGCCACACAAAGCCAAGAAGCCCGGCUGCGGCGAUGAGAUCAUGACCUACUUCAAGGGUCACCCGGAGACGGGCGUCGUCUCGCCGAGCCAGGUCGCCGUCGUGGGCGACCGGUUAUCGACUGACAUGAUGCUGGCCAACAUGAUGGGCGGCUGGGGUAUCUGGGUCAGAAAUGGCGUUGUUCCAUUGUCCAAGAAGAGUGUUUUCUCGCGGCUUGAGCACCGGCUCGCCCCUUUUCUCUUGUCAAGAGGCUAUUCGGCCACGGAGCCACAAAAUCCGUUUGAAUAGUGGUGGCAAGAGCGGAAGUCAGUAGCGCUAUUCUAGUGCGUUUUAUAUUCCCGAAUAGCCUUCACUGGAUUUUACGUUGUAGCGAGGAGUUUCAGGCGUUAGGCAACCGGAAGGUGACCAAAUUCAUCCCGAGAGGAAAAGUUGUGCCCUAUCCCUCAGCGGAUAUGUGUGGAUACGCCCGGUGUGAUGCGAAAACAUGGAGGUGAGACGGGCCAUGAAGCGAAGGCAAAUGAUGUACGCCGAGAUUAGCCAAACAAAGAUGAAGGAAAUUCAAAAUAUGCUCAAAGGGA